AUGUUGCCGUCGACAUUGACCAACCUGGGUAUCGACUAUCGUCAGACGAAUCCUAGAAAAGUGGUGACACCAUCAGUCAAAAAGCUAACUCUCUGGCUUGAGGAGGCAACAGACACGUUGAAAGCGGGAGAUAUCCCACACGGCGUCGAGAAACUAGUUUUACAUCGAUAUAAAGGUGGUCCCAAGACACUCGAGAUCACUCAAGAAAUCAUUCCAGGCUCUGUGGUCGAAUUGAAAUUGUAUGGGUACAACACACCACUACUCGAUUUCAUUAUUCUUCCAGUCAAUCUACAACGAUUAAAAUGGUCGUGGUAUCUAACACUACCACUCACUGGUCCCAUACCGCCAACACUCACAACACUCACUGAAAUAUACAAUCCUAUAGGUCCAGCUGCUCCACCCACUGUCACCUAUAUUCCAACAUCAUUGACUUCAUUGACAUUAGUAUUUGACAAAAACCAUUACUCUAAUUUCUCACUUCCAACCAAACGUAUUCGAAUCAUCAACAACAAUCAAGACAAACACUCUCAACUCUAUCAAUCAAAACAACUACUCUUACCAUUCACUGUAACGUCAUUGACUGUUUUGUAUGAUUUUACAAAAAAUGAUUUUAGUAUUCGAUUGGAUGAUAUCAUCAAUCAUACAAAUGUCACCAAUUUAAAACUGGACAAAUUCGAAUUUCAAAUUAAAAGAUCACCCGAUCGUAAUAGUUUUAUGUUUAUCGAUAAACAUACUUUGAUUGGUGGAAUAGUUAGACAGGAACAACAACAACAACAAUCCACUAUGAAAAAGUUAUUCCUUAAUAUUAGAUUGUUUGGGGAAUCUUUCAAAGAUUACAGUUUAUCAAUAUCUGAUACCCCAAUCUAUCCUGUCAAGAUACAACAAUCAGCAUUUAUAAAUCAAAAUAACAACAAUAAUAAUAUUAUAUUUAUAAUAAUAAUGAUAAUAUUAUUGGGUGUGCUGAAAUGGAAAUGA